AUGCAUUUUUCGAUACCGGAUACACAGGAAUUUAUGGAUGAAGGUGGAAAUGCAUAUGUUGGAUACAAUAUUCAUAUCAAUGGAUUAUUUCAUUGCACGGUGAGAUAUAAACAACUGCACAAUUUACAUGAGCAAUUAUCUAAAGAUCUGGACAUAUCAUUGCCAAUAUUUCCACCAAAAAAGUUCUUUCCUUUGACCAUUACUCAACAAGAAGAACGACGAUUAGCUUUGGAAAAAUAUAUUCAGUCAAUUGGUCAAAAUAUAGCUAUAAAUAAUUCUGAAAUAUUAAAUGGUUUUUUAUUAAAUGCUCAAGAAGAAACUAUAGGUGGUCCAUCUAAGAAUGAGACUUUAGACAUAUUUCUCAUGAAUGGAUCAAAGAUUUUCUUAAAUGUUUCCACAGGAGAGCAUUCUGGUCAAGUAUUAAAGACAUUGUGUAAACAUAUUAAACUAUUAGAUAAAUAUCAUUUCCACUUUGCGUUAUUUAUUAUUAUGCAAGAAGACAAUGGCAGUAUCAAAAUAUUACGAAAGUUACAAGAUUUCGAAUCGCCGUUUAUAACGUACAAAAAUAUGCGUCCUAUGGGCACAAGGGUUGUUCUUAGGAAGAGUUAUUGGGAUACGACGUACGAUAUUGAGUUACUGAAUGAUCCAAUAGCUCUGAAUCUAUUGUACACUCAAGCAAUGGCGGAAAUUCAUGCUGGUUGGAUUCCGGUCACCAAGGAACUGCAACAACAUCUGGAGAGUUUAGAGAAAUCCGGGGACAAGGAGGAAUAUUUGAAUGUAGCUCGUACUUUAAAAUAUUAUGGCUACAUACAAUUUGCACCAUGCUUUUGCGAUUAUCCCCAACAUGGUUCGAGAGUAUUACUUGCUAUAGGUAGAAACGAAUUAAAUUUACGCAUUUUGUCGUCCAAAGAAGAACAUGAGGUCGUGUUCAAAGUAUCGCGAAUGCGAUGUUGGCGUAUCACUACUAUGCAAAAUGGAAUGCAACAUUGCGAGGAUAAUAAUGAAUGCAAUCUGGAGUUAUCUUUCGAAUACCUAGUCGCUAGGAAUGAAUUACAAUGGAUUACGAUUGCAUCAGAGCAAGCGAUCUUAAUGUCUGUUUGUCUGCAAGCCAUGAUCGACGAGUUGUUGCAGAAAUGCGUAGUGGGAAGCAAAAUUCAGACAGUACCUGAGAAAUCAUGGACAUACGUUAUGAGGGAUGGUCAGAGUCGUGUCACUAUGGGAUCGCCAUCGCGGGAACGUGCCAAUAGCGAUCAUUCGGCUAAAUCGGGACCAAUUAUAAAGAAGCUUACUGAUAAAUUGUCAGCUGUGAAGUUAAAGAAAUCGGAUGACUCACCAACUGUUGUCAAAAGAAUUCAGGAAACGCACACGGAAGAUUUUGAUAUAAUGGAAAAUAACGCUUUUCGUAUGAUAGGUGAUGAUGAUUUAUAGAUUAUUGAUCUUUAAACGGAGAUGAUUAAUGAGCACAGUGAUAUAUAGUGUAACAGAGUAUGCCUUAUCAAAAUAAUUUUAAGAAGAUAUAUAUUUUGAGGGAUCUAUUAUGAGAGAGAGAGAGAGGAACAUUGAAACGGCUUCGGACUUAUAAUUAAUGACAAGUAACUAUUGAGACUUUAUAACCGAUUGUUAAAUGUUGUUACGUAUUUUUUGUAUCGAUAUGUGAUUAGAAAGCAUUUAUAUAUUAUAUAUAUAUAUAAAAUUUUAUAUAUAUAUAAUAACUUUAUAUAAAAGAUUCUUUAUAGCUUUAUACACUAUCCAAAUAUUUUGUGAUAAUUUAAUGUGUAUUGAAAAUUAACUCUUACCAAAAUUUUCUGAAAGUGUAGAUUGCAAAGAUAAUGCUGUGCGUAAGGUACUUAUUGAUAAUAUUAAUAUAUUAAUGACACGUUAAUUAAUCUAAAGAAAGGGUCAAAGAACAAAGAAUAAUGUUUGCAUAAUGUUUUUAUUAUUGUUAAACAAAAUGAUCAAAAAGGCAGCACGUUAAUAUUUGCUCUCGUAAUUAUCUUAAACAAAACUAUCAAUAUAUUUCGCUUUAAUGUUAAAUAGCAAUCAUUCUAUAUGUUGUUAUGUGUGUCUUAUCAGACUAUUGCUUUCACUAAAUCAUUCACUCAGAAAACAUACUUCUGCCUUCAGUCUCUAUAUUUCAGCCAAACACUGUAAUAGAUCAUACAAUACACAAUAAGAAUGUAAAAUUAUAAUGUCGUCGUAAAAGGAGGACCAUAAUUAAAUACGAAUACAAAGCUAUAUUUCAAAGUGAAAAAAUAAAAACAGAUUAUCAUAUGUUGUCCUAUGAAAUACGUAAUUCUCGUGAAAAGUAUUUGUUUACUAAGUGAUCGCUAGAUGACCGACAAUCGUGUAGAAAAAUGCGUCGGUUUGCUCCUUUGUGAUAUUUUUAUAAAUUUACGAGUCUUCCUUCCGCGUUUUCGAAUUUCAAAACAGAUAGUAUAGAAUAAUGUUAGUGUGGAUACAAGUCACAAAAAAUAAAUAUCUUAAACAGGAGGACUUUGUAAUAGCGAGAAAACUGUAAAAAAUACGUGUAUGUAUAUAUAAUUUAUAAAUCUAUAAUUUUAUGUAAGUAUAUGCAACUUACAAAUAUAUCUUAGAUCUGCAUUAACAGUAUCUAACGUCUGUUAAUACGAGCUUAGUGUCCCGAUGUAUUGCUAUGAAUUGUAUGAAACAUGUACAAUAAAAUCACAAAAACCAA